AUGAUGCAAACCAACAUCGACGCCAAGAAUAUCUUGUUGCCCUCAUACAGAGGCCGACUCCUCGAAGGGAUCAAGUAUAACCGUGCCAACAAUACCCUUCUAUGGGUGGACAUUAUUUCUGCUGAAAUCCACCGUGUCUGUUUAGACAACGAGGCUGAUUUAGAGGCCUCGCACGAGGUGCUUAAGUUUGCAGAGGCAGGCGAAUCGAUUGGUGCCGUGCUCCUUACCAAAGAUCCAGACAUCGUGUUGGCAUGUGCCAAGUACGGCGUGGCCACGGCCAGCUUCAAAACAAAGCAAUUUGCCUAUAUGGUCAAGUAUCCUCUUUGUGCCGAAUCGGCCGCCAGCUUGCGGUCCAACGACGGGCUUAUCGAUCCAUGGGGCAACAUUUGGAUCGGGCUCAUGAACGACUUUCCCACCGUCAAGGCCCAGGGAAAAGUCGAGCCUGCAGGCGUGUUGUACCGCAUAUCCGCUGCGGACUUGUCCGUGAAAACAAUGGUGAAAGACGCGUACAUCCCCAACGGCUUGGCCUUCAGUAACGACGGAAACUCGCUUUUCUGGACGGACUCGUUGACGUUCACGGUCUGGCAAUUUGACUAUGACCACGAACACGUGACUCUCAAAAACAAGCGGCCGUUGCUUGCUAUACAGCCCGUGUACCCGGGGGUCUCCAGCCCCGAGCCGGACGGGCUUUCCUGCACCUCGCAGGGAGACUUCUACCACGCUAUUUUCAGCACCUCCAGCGUCCUCAAAUAUGACAGCAGGGGAGAGGUCCAGCAGAAGCUCAUGGUCCCGGCAGAGCUUGUCACGUGCACCGGGCUAGGGGGUGCUGCAGACGACGAGUUGUACAUCACCACGGGCCACCAGAACCUCCUCGAUUCUGGGGCCGAAAUCGAUGCUUUGGACAAAACCGGCGAUUUGGGCGGGUUUUUAUUUCGCGUGAAGCUUGGCCAUAAAGCCCACAGCCAGCCUGCCGCUGUUUGGGGCGGGCAAAUUUAG